GAAUUCUGAUGAGAAAGAAAUUUUUCGUACAACUGGAGUGUUUACAAACUUGGUUAUAAUGAUCCUUUAAAUUUCUAAAAUUCCGGUGUUUUUACAAGUCGUACACUGUUUAAUCAAAGUAACAGAGAUUGGCAGUCUGAAUAAUUACAGGAUUAUGUCAUUGCACGAUAUCGAAUGCUAUUCAUUCUGUUUUAACCGUCUUGCAUCGACGUGUAAUUUUUGACAUUGAUCUCACAAAUUGCUCUUCCCGUUUCUUCAUGUGUUCUAUAUCAAAACCGAAUGCUCUAAAUUUAUUUACUCGAUGCCCUGGUUUGUAUUGUGGAAGAGAAUUAUUGCCCGACGGCAACUGGAGUGAUUGUGGCGCGUGUUCUCGAGGAUUCAGAGCAAAUGCUUCUUCAAUAUGCGUGCCAUGCGAAGAUGAGCCAAUGUUUUAUGACUGGCUCUACCUCGGCUUCAUGGUAUUGCUAGCAUUGAAUUUACAUUGGUGCAGUAUCGACAUGGUAUCCAUGAGACGUACCAUACCCAAAGAAGUGAUCGCAUUACACUUGUCUGCUCUGUUGGAAGUCGUCGCUGCAUCUUUGAUUACUUUGCAACUGACUGAUCCUGUAGGCACAUUUUCGAUCAGAUCAUGCAGAGCUACAAAACUUUCAGACUGGUAUACAUUGUUACACAAUCCUAGUCCAAAUUAUGAAGAGACAUUGCAUUGUACACAAGAAGCUGUCUAUCCAUUGUACACGAUGGUGUUUGUUUUCUAUGCAUUAGGAAUAGCUAUAAUGUUGUUAAUAAGGCCAAUUGUAGCUAAGAAAUUUUUGCCGAAACGAGGGGUGUUUUCGAUUUAUGCAGCACUAUAUUUCUAUCCCAUCUUAGCAGUGCUGCACGCAGUUGGUGGAGGUCUGAUAUAUUAUUCGUUUCCAUAUAUAACAAUAAUAUUGUCUGUAUUGUCUAAUGCAGCGCAUUUCUCGUUGAAAUUGAAUCAGUCGGUAAAAGCAUUAUUAUUGAGUUGCGUGUCGGACAUGAAGAAUGCUAUAGUCCUAUUAGGGCACUGGUUUUUCUAUGGAUACGGCCUGGUGGCUGCAGCGACCUUCCGUGGUUUCUGCAUUCAUCCAGCGAUGUUAGCUCUAGUCCCCCUACCUGCACUGUUUUAUAUUCUAACAGCUAGAUUUACGGAUCCACAUAAACUUCAUAUAGAAUAAAUGUUUACUGUCAUCGGAAUAAAUCAGAUUUUUCAAAAACAA